AUGGCAAGCAAAACCGUCGUAUCCACUCUCAUCAAAUCUCAAAACUCAGGCGCAUUUGUUGCCAUUACACGUUCAUCGUAUCAGGCCAUUAGCAUUCGCUGUGAAUCGACAAUCGGCAGGAAGGCGACAGAAGCAGCAAAACAGAGCUCCGACGAAGCAUGCCAGGCUGGACAAGAGAUCAAGAACAAGGCUUCAUCUGCUGCCAAUGAUAUGGGUGGAAAAGCAAAAGAGGUAGCAGGAAAGGCGGUGGAAGGAGCACAAGAUUUGACGGAGAAAGCGAAGCAAACAGCACAGGAUACCUGGGGGACAAUUAAAGGGACAGCUGAGAAGAUUAAGGAAACUGUCGUCGGAAAAGCUGAAGAAUCCAAGGAAGCUGUUAAAGAGAAUGCAGAAACCGUCAAGCGAAGCAUGAAUACCAAAAUCCCGCCAGCAGUUUAA